AUGGCUGCCAACAACAUAUCAGUGGUCGGGUCUCACCGCCUCAGCAUUACUACCUCUCAAGAACAAGCCAUUCCUCUAUCUCUCCUCGACAGCACAACCGCCAACUUCUCCGACGCCAGUGCCAUAUGGCUCUUUGAAAAGCCUGCCCGCGAUGAUUUCAACUUGGCCUACCAUUUACGUGAAUCCCUGGCACGGACUCUUCGGUUCUAUCCGCAAUGGGGCGGCCAUCUGAAGGCUGUAAAAUCAACGGAUGGCACCGUUCCGCCAGAAGCAAAGUUGUUUCCGCCUCAUGCUCGACGGUUCGGACGUCUCUACGCGCAUUAUGGAACUGACAAUGAUCCUGGCGUGGAGUUUGUUCAUGCCAAAUGCGAUGCCACGCUUGAGUCUUUAUAUCCCGCAGAUAGAAUACGCAGUCAAGGUUUCUGGAAGUGCGACUCUAGCGUCUUUCAGAAGUUCAUGGCCCCGGUCACCAUUGCUCAGCCACUUAAGAAUUUAUUGAAGAACGAGAAUGGACAAUCUUUGCCUCUUCUCGCCGUUCAAAUCACCGAAUUGUCUUGCGGUGGCUUUGCCCUUGCCCUCAAUGGAGCGCAUCCUCUCGCAGACGCCACAACUCUUCUCGCUUUUAUCAAACACUGGGCGAACGAAAGUCGCCAAGGUUUAGGGAAUACAAUUCCUGCUUCAAAACCUGUGUUCAGCCCUACUCUUAUCGACAAUCAAGCAGCUGGAGACAUCAAUGCCGAUGAACCAGACCAGGUUAUCAUACAACGAGCAAGAACUUUACCAAUGCAUAGAUUCGACUGGUGGCAUCCAGAUUCAACACCUCCUUGGCCGUUUAAGAUACCUUCGCCUUUUGACCAACAGGACCUUGACUCCGCCGGCAAACCAAUGCCAUGGACCGAGUGGAAUGUGGUCGAGCCGGUUUCAAAUUACGUUGUUCACUUGAGUCAGAAACAGGUAGAAUGUCUCUGGAGAAGGGCGAACGAGAAGUCAUCACAGAAACUAAGUCAACACGAUGCAAUACUAUCUCACAUUUGGUCCUGUAUCUCUCGCGCUCGCGGCCUCGAAAACGACACAGAUCCAAUCCACUGCGAUCUUGUUUACGGCGUUCGCUCGUCCUUUCACCUUAAAGAAGACUUCCUCGGAUCUCCAGUCAUGAUGAUGAACAUCGAACUCCCUGCCUGCCAAGUUGCCAACUCAUCCGGCAUAACUCAGAUAGCAACUCAAAUCCGCAACACACUCAAGACGAUCUCCGACCCCUCCAACAUGGCUGCUCAUUUGCACAGUCUAGCUUUUGAAAAGUCCCCUCAACGAAUAUGGCAAGCAUUCUUGGGGAGGCGGCAUAUCUUGGUGACGACAUGGGCACGAGCAGGGAUAUAUGAUGUUGACUUUGGGUUUGGAUCCACGUGUCGUUAUGCUGAGGGUGUAGUUCCGGAAAUGGAUGGAAACGUGUUGAUCAAAGAAGCAUCGGGUCCUCUGGGGAAGUACUGGACGGAUAAUGGGGUUGAUGUUUCUAUCCACAUCAGGACAGAAGAUAUGGAGCGGCUUGUCAGGGAUCCUCUCCUGUUUCCCGUCGAUGCAUGA